UGUCGUACUUCCUCUAAGUAUCGGCUACGGGGAAAACAACACCUAAAGACCCCGAGCCUGAAGCAAGAAACACCGAAUACUCUGUGUUUUCACCAGCUGUCACCACCUACAGCCUCUUCAUCGUAACACGUAACGCCCUUCACACAAAAUGCCUCAGAACGAGCAUAUUGAGUUGCACCGCAAGCGGCACGGCUACCGCCUGGACCAUCAUGAAAAGAAAAGGAAGAAGGAGAGCCGUGAGGCUCACGAGCGCUCCCACAAAGCCAGGAAGAUGAUUGGCUUGAAGGCCAAACUGUACCACAAACAGAGACACGCAGAAAAGAUCCAGAUGAAGAAGACCAUCAAAAUGCACGAACAGAGGAAGACCAAACAGAAGAAUGAUGAUAAGACCCCAGAGGGAGCAGUGCCAGCCUACUUGUUGGACAGAGAGGGACAGUCCCGCGCUAAAGUUCUCUCCAACAUGAUCAAACAGAAGAGGAAAGAGAAGGCUGGGAAAUGGGAGGUGCCCCUGCCGAAGGUGCGCGCUCAGGGCGAGACAGAAGUGCUUAAAGUCAUCAGAACAGGAAAGAGACAAAAGAAAGCCUGGAAGAGAAUGGUCACAAAAGUCUGCUUUGUUGGCGACGGCUUCACCCGUAAACCUCCAAAAUAUGAACGCUUCAUCAGACCCAUGGGUUUGCGUUUUAAGAAGGCUCACGUCACACAUCCAGAGCUGAAAGCCACAUUCUGUCUUCCCAUCCUCGGAGUGAAGAAGAACCCUUCCUCCCCUCUCUACACGUCUCUGGGAGUCAUCACAAAAGGAACAGUCGUAGAGGUCAAUGUCAGCGAGCUGGGCCUGGUUACACAAGGAGGAAAAGUUAUCUGGGGUAAAUACGCCCAGGUGACAAAUAACCCAGAGAACGACGGCUGCAUUAAUGCAGUUCUACUGGUCUAAGACUCUCAGCCUGUGUGGUAACUGCCCAGGAACUCUUAAUUUACAUUAAGAGUGUAGAUUACAUCAAAGAUGCGACAACCAAUGGCCUUCAAUUCACCAGACUGUCAUGAGGAUCGCCGAUGCCAUGCUUGGAAACGUUUUUUGUAACAAAAAGGACACUCAAAGAUGAAGAAACGGGAUGAUUACCGUGUUAAACUUGAUAUAAAUAAACUUGAUAUGAUGUCAUAUUUCUUUUA